AUGUCAGAAGAGGUAAAAUUAGAUGCAAAUCUAUAUUCAAGAUAAAUUGGAACAUUUGGCAUGGAAACUAUGCAAAAAAUAUCAAAAUUAAAUGUUCUUAUUGUUGGUUGUAGAGGUUUAGGAGUAGAAAUAGCAAAGAAUCUCAUUUUAUCAGGAUCAGCCUCAGUGACAAUUUAUGAUCCUAAUCUAGUCCAAUGGGGAGACUUAUCAAGUAAUUUUUACUGUAAAGAAGAGCAUAUUGGUAAGGCAACUAGAGUGGAUGCCUCUAUUCAAAAAUUGAAAGAUUUGAACCUAUAUGUCAAGGUUUAAUCUAUUCAAACACUUACACUUGAAGAUCAUAGUAGCUACAAUGUAGUUGCUUACACUGAAACUUUCGAAAAUAUCGACAAUGUUAUUGAAGCUAAUGAAUUUUGCAGAGCUAAGGGAAUUGGCUUUAUCUACAGUGGUAUCUUUGGCCCCAGCGGAUUCACAUUCUUGGACUAUGGAGAUGAAUUCACAAUUAAUGAUAUUGAUGGAGAAGAAACUAAAUAUUUCAUUGUAGCUAAUGCAACUCAAACAAACCCAAUAAUUAUAACAGUUCAUGAAGACAAAAUACACAAUUUUUAAGAUGGAGAUCAUGUUUAAUUCAGAGAAGUUGAAGGUAUGACAGAACUAAACAGUCUCCCACCUACAGAGUUAAAAAUAAUUAAUAGCAUUAAAUUCGAGCUAAAAGUAGAUGGCACUGGUUUUCAGCCUUAUCUAAGACAAGGACUUGUGGAAAAUGUAAAGCUCCCAAAGUAGGUUAAAUAUUUUAGCCUAAAACAAUCUCUACAUAACCCAGAUUUCAAAAAUUUCGGCAGAUCAGAUUAACUUCACUUAGCUUUUGUUGGCAUCUUAGAGUUUUAAAAAGCUAACGGCAGACUACCUCAGAACAAUGAAGAUGAUUUCUAAAAAGUAUUUGCAUUUGUUAAAAGAAUCAAUGAGGAUAAUAAGACUACAGAUGGCAUUACUCUAGAAGAAAUUGAGGAGAAAAUAGUGAGAAAUGUUGCUAAUUAUGCUCUAGCUAGUCUUUCACCAAUGGCAUCAUUCUUUGGAGGUAUCUUAGCUUAAGAAGUCAUUAAGUAUACUGGUAAAUAUUCUCCUCUUAAACAAUGGCUUCAUUACGAUAUCUUUGAUACUCUUCCAAAUGAAGAAGUUGAUAGAACUCCAAUGAACUGCAGGUAUGAUGAUUAAAUCCUUGUUUAUGGUAGAGAAAUUUAAGAAAAACUUAAGAAAGUAAAAACCUUUAUAGUUGGAACUGGUGCUCUCGGAUGUGAGUAUAUUAAAGCUUUUGCAUUAAUGGGCAUUGGUUGCUCAGAGGAAGGAGGAGUUGCUGUUACUGACAACGACAAUAUUGAGGUAUCAAACUUGAACACACAAUUUUUAUUUAAGAAAAAUAACGUUGGUGAAUCAAAAUCUAAAAUUGCCAUCUAAGUAGCGAAUGAAAUGAACUAUAAUAUGAAUAUAAAAGGUUAUCAAACCAGAGUUGAUCAAGAUUCUGAAGCCUUAUUUAAUGAUUAGUUUUGGGAGGGACUUGAUUUUGUAGUAAAUGCUGUCAAUAAUAUCAAGGCAAGACUUUAUGUUGAUUCUAAAUGUGUUUGGUAUGAAAAACCUCUCUUUGAUUCAGGUACUCUUGGAACUAAAGCUAGUUCUCAGGUAAUUAUCCCAUUUAAGACCUAAUGCUAUUCUGAUUCUUAAGAUCCACCUGAAGAAGCAUUUCCAAUGAUUAAAUUCAGAAGUUUCCCAGUUUACAAUGAGCAAUGUAUAUCUUGGGGCAUUGAUCUCUUUACUAAACUUUUUUAUGAAACUCCAAUUAAUGUUUCUAACUACAUAGACAAUCCAUUAGAUUUCAUGGAUAAACUUAAAAAGUAAACCACUGUUUAAGAUGCAAGAUUAGUAAUUGAGAAAAUUAAAGAGUUUAUUGACUUGAAAAAAUCAUUUAAUUUCCAUAGAUGCAUUGAUUUUGCGAGAAAUUAGUUUGAAUUUUUGUUCAAUCAUCAAAUAGCCAACCUCCUCUAUAAUUUCCCUCUAGAUCAUAAAGAUAAUUAUGGUCAAUUAUUCUGGUCAGGACCAAAGAGAGCUCCUUCACCUAUAUUAUACAAUCCAUUAGAUGAGCUUCAUGUUCAUUUUGUAACAGCUUGUGCAAAUUUGGUUGCCUAUAAUCUAGGAAUUCCCCAAAAUAUAGAUUCUUCUAUUAUUGCUCAUGAAGCAGCCUUAGUUAAUGUUCAACAAUUCAUGCCAAAAACUUUAAAAGUUUAAUCUAAAGAAGGAAAGUAGAAUAAUUAAGAGAGGAUUGGUCAUGUAAAUUUAGUAUCUGAAGAUGAACAUUUCAUUGCUGAGUUGUUAUAACAAUUAAAAUUAGAGGAUGUUGGACUCUAAUCUAUAGACUUCAUUGCUACCGAAUAUUAAAAGGAUGAUGAUUCUAACUUUCAUAUUGAUUUUAUCCAUGCAGCUGCUAACCUAAGAGCUAGAAAUUAUAAGAUCCCAGAGUGUACUCAGCAAAAGACCAAGAUGAUUGCAGGAAAGAUUAUUCCAGCUAAUGUAUGUACAACUGCACUGAUAACAGGUUGUGUUUCCUCUGAAAUCUAUAAGUUAGUUCAGGGUUUUUAGGAGCUUGAAAGCUAUAAAAAUAGUUUCAUAAACUUAGCUCUUCCCUUAUUCGUUUUCUCUGAACCUUCUUAGGCAAAACAGAAUUUAACAAAGGAAUACGACCAGAUUCUUAUGGGUAAGGUUAUGGCAAUUCCUGAAGGUUUCUCUAAUUAUGAUAAGAUUAUUGUUAAUGGUCCAAUGACCUUUGACCAGUUCUUUGAGGAAAUGAAGACCAAAUUUAACGUUGAGGUCGCUAUUGUUAUCUCUGGAUAAACUAUUCUCUAUAAUAUUUAUCUUCCAGGUAAUAAACACGCAAUAAGACGAUCAAGAUUAAUAGAAGAUGUUUAUAAAGAAUUCAUUACGAAACCCAUUCCUGAAGGAAGAAGUUAUUUAUCUCUAGAAUUAGGUGGAGAAGUUAUUGGUGAGGAGUGUGAUUUUAAUAUGCCACCCAUAAAGUAUUAUUUCUAAUGA